AUGAAGAUAUACGACUCCCCGAAGAACCUUGUGCUCCUGCUCAACGCGUCGCAGGAGGAAGAGUCGGAGAUUGGCGAAGAACUCGGCCUGAUGGGCUGCAGAAACCCCGGUCUGCGUAUUGUCGAUUUCGAAAAGACGAACAAGGAGCGGCAGGAUCUGUACAAGAAGGGCGGGCUCAUAUCCGUCACCUCGCGUAUCCUAGUAGUUGACAUGCUGCAGGCGAACAUCCCAACAGAGCUCAUCAGCGGCAUCAUCGUUCUGCAUGCUGAGAAGGUGACGGCGCUGGUGUUGGAAGCCUUCAUCGUGCGGCUGUACCGCGAGAAGAACCGGACGGGGUUUCUGAAAGCGUUCACGGACCAGCCGGAGCACAUCACCAGCGGGCUGUCGCCGCUGAAGAACAUCAUGAAGGAGCUGCAGCUGCGCUCGGUGCAUAUAUAUCCGCGGUUCCACCAGGAGAUCAAGAAGUCGCUCGAGCGAAGGCGCGCCGACGUGAUUGAGCUGUCGCAGCCGCUGACGACGUCUAUGUCUGAGAUCCACCAAGCUAUCAUCCAAUGCAUAACGACUACGCUGUCCGAGCUGAGACGGUCCAAUACAUCGCUCGACCUAGACGAUUUCAAUGUCGAGAAUGCCUACUUCCGGUCUUUCGACAUCAUUGUGCGCAGACAACUGGACUCGGUAUGGCACAAAGUCGGACCCAAAACGAAGCAACUCGUCAAUGACCUUGGCACCCUUCGGCGCCUCCUCACUUUUCUCCUGAGCUACGAUUGCCUGCAAUUCCAAGCGUACCUCGAAACGCUAGUCGCUUCCAGCACGACGUCGUCCUCCGGGGGUGCGAAGCAACACCCCUCGCCGUGGAUGGUAACGGACGCGGCGAAUAUUAUUUUCCAAGCCGCCAAACGGCGCUGUUACACAAUGAGCUCUAGUACAAAGGCAGCUGAGCGUGCGCAGAUGGUGAGUGACGUCGACGAAGAAGGCUGGGACGCCUUGGAUGAAAUCCAUGGUAUUGUCGGCAAGUCGUCAGGGCAGAGCGCGUCGAAGGCCGACAAGCCGUUUUGGGUGCCGCAAGGGAUGGAGCCGGUGCUUGAAGAGCUGCCCAAGUGGACGCUGUUGGCGGACAUACUCAAAGAAAUCGAGGGGGAGAUUAUCCGUCAGGAGUCGUUGCCGCCGCCUACCGUCCCGUCCACAGUUGUCCCGGGAACGAAUACCGUCCUUGUGAUGACGUCGUCGACUCGGGAGGCCGAGAUCCUGAGUGAUUUCUUGAGCGCCAUGGACGCGGACGCUCCUGCAGGAACCCAAGGCCGCAAGAUGAUGCUUCGAAAACUGUACUCCUACCUGGCGUGGAAAGGCAAACUGAACUCGCAGCAAAGGAAUGAUGGCACGACCUUUCAGCGGCAGAGUUCUGCGGCGCUGAGCGAGGCGCUGAAGAAGAAGGAUAGAGAGAAGGCGGAGCGGAGUGCGGGGCGGAGGCGCGUGCGUGGGGGUGCGCCGUCGAGUGCUGCUGCGAGCUCGUCCGUCGAACCAACGCUCAUCGACGUGGACGCUCAAGGAGACUCGAAGAUGGAGGCAGACAGCUUCGCAGAAUUCUGGGCAGCGACGCAGAACGCAACCGCGGCCGUAGUGGAGUCGGCAACAGUCGUGGAUGCGGACGACUUGGAUUUCACGUCGACUGAGCUCCUGGUCGAUUUCGAUACGAGCUACGGGUUGCUGACGCCUGAAGAAACGGUCGUGGUGCGACCGUACUCAGACGACGGGGACGACAGCAUCCUUGGUGAGAUGCGCCCGAAAUUCAUCGUGAUGUUCGAGCCGAAUAUGGACUUUAUUCGGCGUAUUGAAGUAUACAAGAGCUCGAACCCGGGUUUGGGUGUCAGGGUGUACCAUAUGGUGUACGGCGAUUCCUGUGAAGAACACAAAUAUCUUGUAGGCAUUAGGAAGGAGAAAGAGUCCUUCGAACGGCUCAUCAAAGAACGUGCUACAAUGUUGCUGCCCAUUCUCGAAGACAAAGGCCCCGGAAGUACGUCGAACGACGCCCUUCUGAAGACAAUUAGCUCCAGAAUCGCAGGUGGCCGGCGCGAGAUCAGCACUACGCCGGCUCAGGUCAUCGUGGAUAUGAGAGAAUUCCGUUCGACGCUGCCGUCAUUGCUGCACGCCUCCAACAUAAUAGUUGUGCCGGCCACGCUGACGGUCGGCGAUUACAUUCUCACACCGGACAUCUGCGUGGAACGGAAGAGCCUUUCGGAUCUCAUAUCGAGUUUUAAUAGUGGCAGGCUAUACACCCAAUGCGAGCUCAUGUCGGUCCACUACAAACACCCUGUCCUCCUCAUAGAAUUCGAGGAAGACAAGGCAUUUUCCCUCGAGAUCGUGUCUGACAUGAAGUCAUAUGUCAAACCGACUGCGAAGUAUCCUCAGAAGAAGGGUGGAGGCAUCGAAGGUAACCAGGCUGUUACGACACUGCAGUCGAAAAUUGUGCUGCUUCUGCUUCACUUUCCUCGUGUCCGCAUAAUCUGGGCUUCGUCGCCAUAUGCAACAGUGGAGAUCUUCCAAGAACUGAAGCAAGCUAACCCUGAACCCGAUCCCGUCAAAGCCAUAUCUGUAGGAGCCGAGGACGACGCCGAGCUGGGUGCCGGCAUUAACUCUGCUGCUGAGGAGCUUCUUCGAAGUCUUCCAGGCAUUACGGCCAAGAACGUGCAUUAUGUGAUGAGCAAAGCGAAGAAUGUGAGGGAAUUUUGUGGGCUGUGA